AUGGGGGUGCAGGCCGUGACUGUUACUGUUACUGGUACUGUUGCUGCUGCCACUGCCGCUGCUGCUGGUGCUGCUGCUGUUGUAUAUAUGGAUAUGGCUGGCGGGAUCGGAUCGCGGCGAGGGCGACGGGAGCGUGAGAGGCGCCAUGGGCGGGAAAUGGGCCACGGGAGGACGCCCGACGUUGCUGUAGGCUGCGGGCGCCUGGCUCUGCUGCUGCUCGAGAUGCCAUUCUGCGGUGGCCGGCGAGGACCUGGCAUCCGCCGGGGAGCUGCUGGCGACGACGGGCAGGCUGCUGCUGUUGGCGUUGCUGCUGUUGGCGUUGCCGGCGGAGGGCGAGGGCGAGAGCGGCGCGAGGGCAGCGUCUGA